UCAUACACACAGGCAGCACCAGCACACACACAUACACAGAGAAACAACGACAGACAAGAGAAAAGGAAUGUGGACCGGAGUUUGGUACCAGCGCAAGAGGAACUCCAAAACAGCUUCAUGGGGUAGCCAUACAGACUCUGUCCACUCCUAGACACAUGAUGCAGGGCAUCAAGAGGCAAAGAGGAAACCCAUACCAGUGAUAUUUUUAAGAAAUGUGGCAGUGAAGUGGUGAGAAGCUGACCAUGGGUGACUGGAACCUGUUGGGCAGCAUCCUAGAAGAGGUCCACAUUCAUUCCACCAUCGUGGGCAAGAUAUGGCUCACCAUACUCUUCAUCUUCCGCAUGCUGAUCCUGGGGGCUGCUGCUGAGGAUGUAUGGGAUGACGAGCAGUCCGAGUUUGUUUGCAACACUGACCAGCCAGGCUGCAAGGCAGUCUGCUACGACCGUGCCUUCCCCAUCUCCCUUAUUCGCUUCUGGGUCCUGCAGGUCAUCUUUGUGUCUGCGCCCUCACUGGUCUACAUGGGCCAUGCCCUCUACUGCAUCAGAUCACUGGAGAAGGAACGCCACCGCAGACGAGUUCAGUUGAAGGAGGAGCUGGAUGAAGCUGAGUUGGCGUUGGAUGACCAUAAGCGCAUGGAGAGGGAGCUGAGAAGGUUAGACGAGCAGAGGAAGGUGAAGAAGGCUCCUCUCAGAGGAUCUCUGUUGAGAACCUACAUCAUCCAUAUCCUUACACGCUCUGUGGUGGAGGUCUGCUUCAUCCUGGGCCAGUAUCUACUCUAUGGUGUCCAAUUGGAGCCACUGUAUAGGUGUGAGAGGCUGCCUUGCCCCAACAGUGUAGACUGUUACAUCUCCCGGCCCACAGAGAAGACCAUUUUCAUGGUCUUCAUGAUCGGCAUUGCUGGUGUGUCACUUUUCCUCAACAUUCUGGAAAUAUCUCACCUGGGCAUCAGGAAAAUCAAACAGGCACUGUAUGGAGAUAGAUACAUUGAAGAUGACAGUUUGAUUUACAAGUCCAAAAACAAGACAUCCUUACCACACCUUUGUGUAAUGAGCAAUUUAUCACCUCACAAUGGGCCUUUGACUCAGACGAUCAAAGUGAUUCCAGAGGUGGAUAUGAAGCCUCCUCAUUACAGCACGGGGCUCAAAGCCAACCAGGAUGCACAAAGAAAUAACAGCUUGGCUCAUCUGGGACACAGUCAGACCAUCUAUAUCUGCCCCCAACCUAGGAUGCCACCCAGAUAUGGCCAGAUCUGUGCAAUGCAAGCCCCCCAAACCCAUGAACGUCCAGAGGGCCACACAGCCAUGGUGGACCACCAUUCUCCCUGGGCUUCAGCUGUAUCCAAUGCAGAGGGAAGUGCAACAAGCCAUCUUGCGGACAUCCAGGAGGGAGAAACCCCUCACCCAGGCCAUUUGGAGGGUCUGCUGUCUGGUAGCACCUUCAGACCCAGCACUAUCAGAGACCUUAAUGAGGAGGAGCGUAGGGAAUCAUUGAGGAGUGAGGUCCUGAUCCCCAACCCCAGAAAGACCAGCUUCAUGAUCAGACCACCCUCUGAGAGUUUGUCCUCCAUCAGUGACUCCAUGAGCUCUUCCUUACAUACUUCAGAGGAGUCGGAUGAAUUAGGCUCCCUACAGGGAGACAUGCCCAUGAUGCCACCUGCUGGAGGCCGGAGAAUGUCAAUGAGUAUGUUUCUGGAUAUCUCCUCUAUCAUGAAGAAGUGAAGAGAAGAGGCUAACAUCAUGUCCAUAUGAGCUGUGUUCCACAGCCCAGCUGGUUCACAAACAGAGGGGAAACUGUAUCAGUGAUCCAGCCAUCAACAUUGAUCCACCAAUCAAGUCACAUGGGGCCAAAACAGUCAGAACAGCCACGACGAGACAGCCAAAGCCAAGUACUUGAUAUUUGGAUGGGAAGCACCUUAAAAUGCCUGCAUGUGGUUACUAAAAGGACAGAAUGGAGUCUUUAAAAAAAGAAAAUGUAGACAUCAUUCCAUGUGUUGGCUGAAUUUCUAGGUUGUGCAGAAACAACACUAGAUUAUGGAGCAUCUCAUCAGAGGAUCUGUCUGCUUCUGUAACAUGGACCUAAAGUACAUUUUCUUAAAGUGAAAGACUUGAUUAGAAUGUGUGUAUAGUCUGUAUAGUCAUUUAUAUACAGCAAUUUCAAGAGAAACUUUAUAUUAUAUUCCGAUUAAAUGCUUCUUAACAAAACAGCAUCUUUUCAGCAGAGAUUUCAUCAGAAUCAACACAGCGACACCCAAACAUAGACUUCUCAUGCUUUUUGUUUUAUUUCUCAACAAAAAUUGCCUGGACAUAUUGUGUUUUUUUUUUUUCUUUAAAACCUUCAUAUCAAAUAAACAAAACGUGACAUGUUGCACAAUAUUUACAAAGAAAAUCUAAACAAAACAGGUCAUUUGAACAUUCAAAGAUAAAAAAUAGGAAAUCAAAAAUGCUGAAUCUGCAAAUAACAGUCAUGUUCCAUGUACUCAAAAAAAAGGAAAUGUGAGAAAUGGCUCACCAAAAUCUACAAAUACAAUGAUCACUGUAAAAAGUUAGAAACACAUCACAGAAACUUUCUACAUGUCUAUCAUACAGUCCAUAAAAAGAGGUAUGCUGAAUCAUCCAGGUAGAUAAGUGUUAAGAGUCUGUUCAACAGAGGUUUAAAAAAAACCUAACUCACAAUCUGAGACUCUUUCUGUAAACAGAUUGGAUUAAAUAAGUACUGCCAUCAUGUUGUCAUUGCAAAGUUGAAGGCAUUUGAUUCCAAAACACUAACAUCCACAAGGGACAAUUUGCCCCUGAUAACCAGAAUUAAAGUAGUAACUGCUGGGCCUAGAUUAGCGCUGCAUUCAGAGAUGUUGGAAAGUUGGAAACUCAAAUAUCCUAUUAAAAAAAAAUCAUCUUUUGCUCUUUGACUGACCAGUCAACUAGGUCAGUCUCGAGUUUGUGGACAUGACUGUUCUGAUGUCAGAUUUAUAUGGCAGCAUAUAGAGUUAGACAGUGUGGUUCUCAAUCGAGUCUACAGGAUUUUCCUCUGAUCAGCUUCAACAUGGAGAAAGCAGCAGCUGCUACUUUAUGGCACAAACCAUACACAUGAUUUCCAAAAUGCAAUGCAUACCAGUGUUUUUUGGCAGUACCUACAUUACUGCUGCUGACCAUUGUGCAAACUGUAAGCUUUUGAACGUCAGCCAGGCAGAUAUGUCUUCAUUUCUCUCAGUACAGUCUGCUGCUACUCAACGGGCAGAGUGAUCCUCAUGACAGCUUUUACUGCUGUCAGAGUUUUGUUUUCGUGGUGGAGUUGCAAGUGAAGAUAGUUCCGAAAAUUCUGCUCAGCGUUGCCACGCAACAAUAAUGAGCCUCUGCAAACAUUUCAAACAUGUGAAGAAUAACCUGACUCAAGCAAAUCUUUUAAUCUCCAGUUAAUUUUGGUCCCGUACGGGAAAGGAAAUGAUUCAGAGAUCUAGAGGGAACUUUCAAGACUGAUUAGUAAAAAUAAAGCAUUUAUGGAAUUUGAAAUAGAUUUUUAUGGAAUAAUUCUGAACAUUAAUAUCAGAUUUAUAAUUUAACACUGAAUUCAACUCUUUCCCAAACUCAUGACAUUGUGAACAGGAUUAUGACGAGUGAUCAUUCCUCAAAAUUUAACAUCUUUGGUCUAAUCUUGUUCCAUAUAUGAGGAAUAUUGUGCUUCUCAGAGUUGAAAGAAAAAAAAAUGCAGAGCAACCAACUUCAGUAAAUAUCAUUUUUUCCACAUCUCUGAUGUGCAGCGCACCAUUAAAAUACAGCAGGUGUUUUGUUCGCAUCGUAGCAUGAAGAGAAAAGUGAGGGAACAUGUUGUCCUGGUAAACUUAAAAAGUCAGGCACAGAAUAAGUUCAUGGAAUUUAUGUUCUACACAUAAAAAAACGGUUGCAAAAAAUGAAAACACAUUAGCAAAUGCAUGUUUAGCUAUCACAUUGUCACCAAUGUUCACAUUUUUUGCACAGUUUUGUGUAGAAAGGAUUAAAAGCUGAUCCAUAUGCCUCAUACAGAUCUUUACUCAAGUGUAACUUCUUGUGGUAUUUAACUUAACUAUAGAAAUGCCUCUGAUUCAUUACAACAAAUACAUGUUUAUGUUUGAAACAAAUCUCUUCCAAGAGGACACUUAACCUAGAAUUUGGCUUCUAUAUGGAGACCCACAGUGGGCAACAUUAAAGAAAGAAAUAAAAUGUUGUGAAACAAAUAAAAUAAUAAAAAGAUAUGUACAAAACUUAUAAUGUAGCCAUGAAACUGUAAAAUAAAACAAUACAUUAAAAUACAUUUAAAGCUGAUCUGUUAUUUUAUAUCCAAACAACAAUUCAUCAUUGAUAUUUGAUUCACCUCAAAAAUCUUUUUAUUUCACACAAUGUUUAAAAAAACUUGUCUCACAGUUUCAUGGUUAUAUUAUGUUUUGAGAGAUCAUACAUUAUUAUCUAUGUGAUUCAUAACAUUGUUUAAUUUAAUACUGAACACUUUGAGUCUCCAUAUUUCCAGAGGGUGUGAUAUACUUGUUACAAAAAGAACCUUUAUGAAUAGUUUCGUUUCUACUGAACAAAGUAGAAAGUAAACAAAAUCAUUUGUUCAGUUAGUGGAUAGUUUGGCCUCUGUAACUUCUAAGGCAAGAAUUUGUAGCUGCACUUGUCAGAUUCAUUUUAUUCUUUCAAAGUCUGAAACACUUGUAACACAUGUAUAUAAAAAAGAGCUUUAACAGCUUGUCUACUCAAAUUAAUUCUCAGAUCUUGAUUAUUUCUAUACAAAACAAGAAGAACAGGCAAGACACAAAAUUGUAAACACGCUCGCUCCCCUUUAAGUUCAAAUAUUACAACUUAAGUACAUGUGACUUGUAAAUUAGGACUUGUUUUUUUCAUGAAAUAGUCAACGAUAACAAACUACAACCAUCAAUAAAUCCAUUCUAAGAAAGGGUAGCGACCUACAUUUUACAUCUAUGCAAUUUCCUCUACCACCCCCACCCAUGUCCCACCCCAAACACCCACCCCACCAAACACGUACAAAUAAAUAAAGUUCACAUUAAGAAAUGAACGUCUAUGAAAAUUAUGUUCUUCGGUGUACUUGUACUUCAGUACAUUCUAAUAAGAUUAUCAUUGGCUAACAUAUUGAUGUAAUGAUUGUGAUCAGUACAUUUUUCUUUCAUGGUCAAUUUGUCUUUAUGUACUCAAAAUGAAUAGUUGGACAUUUACAAAAUCACACAGGGGAAAUAGCAGCUCUUGAUUUUCAGGUUCAGUUCCUAAAAAUCAACUUGCAUGAAAUAUUGUCAGCUGCGGUUUAAAAUUGCUGUUUGACCUUCCUGUGUUAAAAGCCACUCCACCCUGACCCUGAUGGGAGAAAGAAGCCCAAACACAUUGAGUAUUCAAAUGCUGUCGACAUGCUCCAAUGUGCAGAUGACAGUGAAGCAACAAAACAGACGGCAGUAGCACUCACCCCUGCCACGUGCAUCACCAUCGACUUUUCAACAGCAGAUGAAUUUGGCAUCUCCCUGAAUCAAUAAUUCGCCAGUGUGUUUGUUUGGAGCUUUGAACUUCAUACCAUACACUAUGAGGAAUACUGAUUGGUCAGUAGGGACAUUUUGUGUUUUUGCAUUUGAACAGAUAUACUGUACCAAAUACUUUUAGUCGGGGGUUUUGUCUUAUCUAUAACACUAGAACAUUGUAGCUAAAUACAUGAUUGCCAUAAGUACAAACAUAAAUUCUUGCUACUUUUAAGAGAAUAAAUAAAUAGGUUGAAAAAAGCACUUAUAAAUUAUUUAAACAGUUAUUUAAACAGUUAUUUAAACGACCAAACCAGUAUGUUUCAGAUUUAAAAGGGAUCAUUUAUACUUCACAUUUUUACUGUCCAUUUACCAAAGCAUGCCAUGGUGCUGCAGAUGUUUUAAGACUGCUGUUGCUUUCCAUUCAUUUAUAUUUGUAUAUGUGGCUUCAGAAAGUAUUCAGACACCCUCACAUUUUGCACACUUUAUUGUGCAGAAAUUGCCAUUUUUGCCCACAUUACUCUUGAUAAAAUGAUUCAUAAUAAUAAUUAAUAAAAAACUGAAAUUUCUAUUCAUUAAGUGGCUAAACCGAUAUUCAAAUGUCUAUACAAGCUUUGCAAACCUAGUUCUGGACAGUCUUCAAUACUAAUCUUCUGAAGUUUGAGUUUGAGUGACCAUUGCGCUCUUGGUCUCCUCCCUGAGUAAGGUCCUUCUUGUGUUAUUCAGUUUGGCUAAACAACCGACUAUGGAGAGUCCUACUUGUUCCAAACUUCUUCCAUUUAAAAUGAUUGAGGCCACUCUGCGCCUGGGAACACACAAAUCUUUAGGAAUGUUUUAGAUACAUCAAUUGCUACUUUAGUAUUAUUUCAGAAAACUUCUGUUAAAGUUGCAAAAAACUUCCAAAAACACAUUUUUACUUUGUCAUAAUGUGAUAUUGGGUAGACAAAAAUGGCAAUCAUCCAUUCAAAAUGAAAAGACAAUAAAGUUUGAAAAAAAUGAAAA